CAGAAGCAGCAGCAGACAAAUGCCUGCCUCAUUAGUUAGAUACAGUGACUAUCUUAUCUAUGUUUUAAGGACUUAAGGCCUGAAAAUACAUUUCCAAUGACAUAAACACGCGACUAUAAAUGGCCCGGAGCAAAGUGUUCCGCGUUUCAGUCAACGGGCCGAGCGACAACGAUUCGGAAUAGCGAGAAAAACGAAAAAUGACCAGAACGACUACGACACAAGAGACGAGAGUGGAGGAAACCAUUGAGAUUUCCUCCUCCUCGAACAGAACGAUCGAAGAGACCAUCGACAUCACAACGAUUGGGGGCACGGCAGUCCCAAAGCAACGACAUCACCAUCUGCAUCAUCAGCAUCACCAUCAGCAUCGCCAAAAGGAGAAUGUCCAAGUGGUUGAGGAGGUGAUUGUGCUGGAGAAGGAACCAAAGCAGCACAAGCACCACCACCAUCAUCAUCAUCAUCAUAGGAAGAGUUCAGGCUCAGAGGCAGCACCACCGCCGCCACUGCCACAGUCCUCGCCCCCAUUCCUCACGCCCACAGAGGAUCUCUCCGUGGAUGUGGUGUGGGAGCCUCAGCCCUACUGGAACCAGUCCCCGCCCAAUCCCUCUGGAGAUCCACUGCGAAACGGAAUCCUAAGGACUCUCGAGACAGAAGUCAUUGUGGAUCAACCAUCACCCACAACCACAGAGGAAUUCGCGGCCGUGGAAUGGUCACCCGUCUCCAACCCAACCACAGAGGUCGUGCAGGAGGAGCUGACAGUGGAGUCUCUGGGAUAUGCCCCACCCAGUGGGCCGCCACCACAGCUCCAGGUGCAGACAACGGGUUUCUAUCCGGCAACGCAGUCGCCGUUGCUCUCCCCCAUCGCAGAGGCGGAGCUGAUUGUGGAGUCAGAGAGCGUGGAGGUGACCACAGAAGCGCCUCAAAGGGAUUCCAUUCCGCCGGAGGGCUUUGUGAAAACCCUCGUGGAGACUUUUGAGGUCGGAGCAGCCGCCGAUCCGCCAAUUCAAAUGGCAUUUAUUCCAAGGGCAAGUCUAUGGAAUAGCGAGAUAUUUGUGGAGACUGUAGACGUUUCGCCGAUUCCCUCACCGCCGCCCAGUCCGCCCUUAGAGCUGCAGCCCUACAUACUCCCCUCCAGCGAAGAGCUGCUGGAAACGGAGCUUGUAGCAGAGAGUGGGGAGGAAGCUGUUACCCCGACACCACCCCCCAGUCCCCCCACAGCAGAGAUCAAACCACAACCAGACUAUAUUCCCAGAGCGUGGAGGGAGCGUGUGGAGACCAUAGUAGAGAGUCUAGAGGUGGUCACACCACCAGCCAGCCCCGUCCCUCAAACGGAGUUGAUUGUGGAGUCCUUGGAUGUGACGCCAACUCCGUCGCCACCGCCAAGUCCUCUCGUUGAAGUGUCAUUGCAAACAGGAUUUAUGCCACGAUCAAGUGUAGUGGAAACGGAGCUGAUAGUGGAAUCCCUUGAAGUAACCCCAACUCCGUCGCCACCGCCCAGUCCCCCAGCACAGCCAGAACGAGUUCAAAUAGGCUUCGGGCCUCAAUCUGCAAUAGUGGAAACGGAAACGAUUGUGGAGACUGUGGAGAGUCCACCCCCUGCACCACCCACUGCACCACCAUUACAAAUGGGAUCUACGCCAAGGGAGAGUAUUGUGGAGGAGGAGCUGAUUUUCGAAUCAUUUGAACCCUCUCCAGCUGCCACACCGCCACCGAGUCCGCCUGCGGUUCAGGCUGGAUUUAUGCCUCGAGCGAGCGUGGUCGAAACGGAGCUCAUUGUGGAGAGCCUAGAAGUCACUCCAACGCCCUCUCCGCCAGACAGUCCCAUCAGGGAAUUCCCCUUUCAAGCGGCAUUUAUUCCACGUGCAAGUGUGCCCCAAACGGAGCUGAUUGUGGAGUCCCUGGAGGUCACACCAACGCCCACGCCCACGCCCACACCCACCCCACCUGCCAGUCCUCCUGCGCAGCUCAGAGUGAAAUCGUGGACAGUUCCACCCACAAAUGUCCCACAAGCGGAAGUGAUCAUUGAGUCUGUGGAGGUCACACCCACCCCCUCGGCCAAUCCCUCCGUUCAGCCCCUAAAUGGAUUUGUGCUCACGGAUCUAGUCCUGGACACGCAGCAGCCAUCAAUCGAAGUGGUGGAAACGGAGACAGAGAUCAUCACGGAGUCUGGACCGGCAGCCAAUGGGCAAACGGAACUCAUUGUGGUCACCGAAGAGACACUCACACCCGCCACCCAAGACCUUCUGCUGGUCGGAGUUGUGGCAGAGGAGAGCAACGACAAGUUGGGCAAGCGAUACUCGGUGAAUGCGGUGCGGAAGGAGGAUAAACUGCCAGCCACGCCGCCACCUAAAGUCCCGCAGAGUGAGCAAAGGGAUGCAGUGGACGAUGGCGUGGGUGAGGGUGUGGGUGAGAAGAAGAGGAGAUGUUGCCAAUGUCGUUGCGUCAUUGCCUGA